AUGGGCGCCAACGAUGUUGAACAGCACAGGGCCUUGGACACCUUCAAAACACAACUCAAUUCAGACCCUAGCUCUGAGCUCACACAGGACAAUUUUGCUGACACUGACGUCAAACAGACCUACGACAAUACUGAUUCUGCUGACGAUGGUGACGAUUUCUUCAACAAAGCACUUCCCUUGCCCAGGUUCAAUCCCAAAAAGAUGCGAAACCAGCCCUUGAUUCCUGGCAGCAUCAAUCUUGAGAAUGGCGAUUACAUGUUUUACUCCUCUCAACCUCCAGUUGCUACAAACAUUACCAGCAAGACUCAAAGUAAUAACAAUAACAACAAAAUAAAACUCGAAAGUGCUGUCGAACCUGCUUUCGACCUCAAUUCUGAUCCAAUUGGCCAAUUGAAUAUACCACCAUUGAAUAACAAAGACAAUUCUGAAAAUAUCGACAAAAUUGACCAAAUUAUCUUUGGAUAUACAAACAAUCAUAAACGCAACAGUCCAAAAUCCAAUGACAUUCAAAUUGACAAUCAGUCUAAAGAUUCUGACAAAGAGAAUGCCACUAAAAAUUCUGAGGAUGACGAUGACGAUGACGAUGAUGAUGAUGAUGACGACGAUGACUUCGUUCAAAAUUAUCUUCUAAACAAUCGAUCCAUUCUCAAUAACAAAAAUUUAAACCUCAACAUUCUGAAUAAUCCAACCAAAACGCUUUCAACCAUUAAUGAUAAUUACCAUAAUGAUCACGAUGGUGAUAAUAAUAAUGGUGAUGAUAACAAUAGCUUAAUAAGAAAAAGAAUUUUAUUACAAGAUGACAAAAAUCAUCCAAUUUCUACAAAGUCGUAUGAAAACAUAAAAAAACCUUUACUCGAAAAAAAUUUAAAUGUUCAAUUAAAUAACAACAAUUUUAAUCAACUCAUUAAAAAAGAGGAAACCGAUUCAAUGAAUAUUCCAAACAAAUCAGAAGAUAUGACCAAUCCUCUUAAUAAUUUGAAGAAAAUUAAACUUCAAACUCCAAGGAAAACUCCAAAUAAAAAUUUAUCCACUUUUUCUUUCAACACGACAUCAGAUGGCACCAGUAGCACUCACGAUGAUUUCAUUUAUAAUAAUAAUAAUAAUAGUAGUAAUAAUAAUAACAUAAUCAUGAAUUUAUCUAUAAAUCCAAAGGAAAAUAGACCUUGGAUAAUUGAAGACUUCAAACCAAAUCCCAAAACUAAUAACAACAUCCCCUUUGCUUACCAUGAAGUUCUAAGAUCAAAAAAUGAUAAAUCUAAAAUCAAUGGUGAUAUUUGCAAACAAUGCAAAGUUUUUUAUAAAAUGGCAGGCCCAGGUCAUAUAAUUCAAGGUCCAAAUUGGUCUUCUCUGAUUAACAAAAAUCUCGACGAUUCGUCAUUAAUUUGUAAUCACAACAUCAUCAAGAAAACAUCAAGACAUAAAUCUAAAUGGAAAAAUUUCGAUAGUACACCUCCUGGUUUCAAUUUAACUGAAUUUCCAUCUACUCAAGAACUAAGCGACCAAAAGAAUCAAGCUAAAAUUAUCAACAAAAAGAUCGCAAUUGAAAGAUUUUUAAUAGCAACCAAUCCAGAUAAUACUAGUAGCAAAUUUAUUUUCAGAGAUGAUUAUUUUAACCAGCUUGUUAAAGAUGGUAAUUACGUUUAUGAUAUGAAUAUAUUAACUGAGGGCAUUUAG